AUGGGACCUCCCUGGAGCCAGGAGAGUUCUCCAGAAGAGGGGCUUCCCACCGAAUGGAGCAGACCGUGGACAAGAGGCAGACGGGUGCUGAUAGCUGGCCUGCUCUGUGGCCUGCUCCUCGGUUCCUCUGUGCUCUGGGUGUACAUCUUCCGGAACUGUGGUCCUCGCCACUGUGAGACACCUGUGUGUUUGGAUCUCUUGGCCCAUUACCUGGCCUCUGGAAACAGCAGUGUAGACCCCUGCACUGACUUUUUCAGAUUUGUCUGUGAAAAAGCCAAUGGGACCAGCGACUCUUUGCAGGCUCUUACAGAAGAGAACAAGAGCCAGCUGUGGAGACUGUUGGAGACCCCAGGGUCUUGGCACCUAGGAUCUGGGGAGGAGAAAGCCUUCCAAUUUUAUAACUCCUGCAUGGACACAGAUGCCAUUGAAGCUGAAGGAGUAGGUCCCCUCCAACAAAUUAUUGAAGAGCUUGGAGGCUGGCACAUCUCUGGCAACUGGACUUCCUUAGACUUUAACCGAACUCUGAGGCUUCUGAUGAGUCAGUAUGGCCACUUCCCAUUCUUCAGGGCCUAUCUGCGACCUCAUCCAACCCCUCCACACACACCAGUUAUUCAGAUAGACCAGCCGGAGUUUGACAUUCUUCUCCAGAAAGAGCAGGAACAGAAAAUCUAUGCCCAGAUCCUGCGGGAACAGCUGACUUACCUGAAUCGCCUGGGAACUUUGCUGGGAGGUGAUCCACAGAAAGUGCAACAACACGCUGCCUGGUUCAUCUCCUUUACCUCACGGCUCUUCCAGUUUCUGAGGCCUCUAGAGCAGCAGCAGGUCGAAGACAAGCUCUUCCAUGUGGUUACUAUUGAUGAACUGCAGGAAAUGGCCCCUGCCAUCGACUGGCUGUCCUGCUUACAAGCCACAUUCACACCGAUGUCCUUGAGUCCUGCCCAGACCCUUGUGGUCCGUGACCUAGACUACUUGAGAAACAUGUCACAACUGGUAGAAGAGGAGCUGCUGGCAAACAGGGACCUGAUACAGAGCUACAUGAUCUUGGGGCUGGUGGAUACCCUUUCCCCAGCCCUGGACAGUAAAUUCAGGGAAGCACGCAGAGAACUGAGACAGAAACUAUGGGAACUGAAAGAGCGACCACCCCUGCCAGCCUACCCACGAUGGAUGAAGUGUGUGGAAGACACAGGAGACUUCUUUGAGCCUACCCUGGCAGCUCUGUUUGUUCGGGAAGCCUUUGGCCCCAGCAUCCAAAGUGCUGCCAUGGAAUUAUUUGCUGAGAUCAAGGAUGCUGUCAUCCUACGCCUCAAAAAACUUUCCUGGUUAAGUGAGGAGACCCUGAAAGAUGCCCUGAACAAGCUCACCAAACUUCAGGUGGAGAUGGGGGCCCCAAAACAGGCCUUGAAGCCAGGUCUGGCCAAAGAGGAAUAUAGUGAUAUACAGCUUGGUCCCAGUUUCCUUCGGUCUUUCCUGAGCUGUGUCCGAUCCCUCCAGGGCAGGAAAGUCCGGCACUUCUUGCAGCCUUUUCCCCACCACAGGUGGACGGGAUCUCCCUGGGGAGUCCAUGCCUACUAUUCAGUAUCUGACCACGUGGUGGUCUUCCCAGCUGGCCUUCUCCAGCCUCCAUUCUUCCACCCUGGCUACCCCAGAGCCGUGAACUUUGGCGCUGCUGGCAGCAUCAUGGCCCAUGAGCUGUUGCGUAUCUUCUACCAGCUCUUACUCCCUGGGGGCUGCCCAGCCUGUGACACCCAUGUCCUACAGGAAGCACUUCUAUGCCUGGAGCACCAUUAUGCUGCCUUCCCUUUACCCAACAUGUCCCCCUUCAAUGGUUCCCACACACUCCUGGAAAAUGCUGGAGAUAUAGGAGGCCUGGCCAUUGCAUUUCAGGCAUACAGCAAGAGGAUAGUAGAGCACCGUGGGGAGAUGACCCUGCCCAACCAGGACCUCAGCCCCUAUCAACUCUUCUUCCGCAGCUAUGCCCAGGUGAUGUGUAAGGAGCUGAGUUCACAAGACCCUCAGGACACUUACAGCCCUCCCAGCCUUCGAAUCCAUGGACCCCUCAGCAAUACCCCAGCCUUUGCCAAACAUUUUCAUUGUCCACGUGGUACCCUUCUGAACCCCUCUGCCCGCUGCAAACUCUGGUAA